AUGGUGAGAAACUCAAUGAAGACUGAGCACAAUCUUGAUUAUUAUCUUCCACAUCAAAUCUUUAAUGGAGAUUAUUCAAAAACUUUGGUUCCCAUAAACAAGAACUCCCAAAUAGCUACCAAGAUCAAGCCUAAGAUCCGUAUUAUUCAUAUCUUUGCGCCGGAGAUUAUUAACACCGAUGUCAAGAACUUCCGUACACUCGUCCAAAGUUUGACCGGAAAACCGAAUAUCACCAAAACCAGUUGUAAGAAAGAGACAACGAGAAUAAAUAUUCCUGCGCCACCGCCUCCACCUCGAGAAUCAGGCAAAGAGCAAACGGCCGAGCAUGUUAACAUGAUUAUAGGGAGCCAUGUGGUGAAGGAAGAAUGGGGCUCAGGUUCAAACACAAACACUUACUUUGAUUUAGAUGGUUUUAUUGAUCUUGAUGAAGACGACAACAUAUUCUCAAGUCGAUGGUUUGAUCUUCAACAGCAAUAAAUAAACUCAGUCAAGGGGUUAGGUUAUAGUUUUUUUUUUACAACGGUUGGGUUAUACUAAUAUUGUGAUUUCUAUUAGUUAUGGUGAUUGAAAUUAUUUGUUCGAUUUGGAAUGGUAACAAGUCAUGACUUGAAGCAUUGACCAUCAUGAUGCACGAGAUUGAGACUAUAUAUCAUCAUAUGGGUUAGAGGUAUAUACAUGAUGUGUAUAGAUAUACAAAUGUUUUCGCUUUGAUUUAACUUGGUAGGCUGACUUUGCCAAGAAAAAC